CAUGAAAAAUCCCAUUUAUUCUUCAAUUUAAUCCAGAACAUUAAUCUUACCAUCUACGUACAUUGUGGUAAAAAUAGAUAUAUAGUUUUAGCUUUAUCCAACGAAAAUACAUUUUAAUUCUUCUUUAUGCUAAACUAUCAGCCUAAGCUUUGUAGCUACUCGUUAGCGAUAAUAGAUUGUUUAUGUCUUUUCUGGUUUAAAUUGCGUAUAUCUCGCAAUAGAGAAAUUUGGAGAACAUCACAUAUAUUACACACACAUCUGUAGCAGUAAUUUUGCAGCGACAAACUAGAUAAACUCGGGACAGUGAUACACAUACUACAACUAGUCCUAAUGAUUGUCUACGCUGUAAUAAUCAAUUUGCUAUAACUAUUCCACCGACGCACGUGUGCAUGAUAUCUUAAUUCGCCGGAAUAUUAGUUAACCUCAUCAAUUAAUUAGUAAUCUUAUAAGAUUAUUUAGUGUGCAGAUAAUACUAAGUGAAAAAAUAACACAAAACCUAUGCCGGAUUACACAAUGAUUUUUUCCGGAUUAAUGCGAUGAUUUUUCAUCGAGAUUGAUUUUAUAGCCAAUAAUUUAAGCUGGAUAGUUUGAGGACAAUGUAUAGACAGUGAGAUAGUUUUAGGAUAUAGGAAAUGGAAAAGAAAUCUAAAGCUGAAUCACCAGAUGGUGAACAGGAACUUGUUGGACACACUCAAGACCAAAGGAACUGGAGAGGCAUCGCUAUAGCUUUGUUAGUUAUUUUGAUUGUAUGCGCUCUGAUAGUGACAGCCAUCAUUCUAGUAACGCCAGAUACUGAAAGUUCGAAAGAGGAGGACAACAGAGAAAAACUAUCGUUAGAAAAUUACCUUAACCAAUCGUUCCAUCCGAAAGAGCUGUAUGUCACGUGGGUAGACGGAGACGAGGCUUUUGUGUACAGAAACGAUGAUGGCACAGUUGUAGAAUACAACUGUACCUCUAAUGAAACAGUUACCUUAAUCUUAAGUACAGUCUUCAAAACACUAGACACUGGAAUUUAUAAAUUAUCACCUGACCGGAAAUACGCCAUUUUGACAACCGGUGCACCAGAACAUAUAUACAGACAUUCCACGCUUUCAAAGUACAGUCUUUACAACGUGUCCACAGGGACAUAUGUACCAAUAGAAGGACAAAAUAAGGAUGAUGUUUUUCAAUACAUUGGAUGGGCUCCAAAAGGACCAGCUAUUGUUUUUGUGCAACAUAAUAAUAUAUACCACAGAGAUAUCAUUACUAAAAAAACCAAACAGGUGACAUUUGAUGGAAUAUCUGAUGAAAUAUUUAAUGGAAUUCCUGAUUGGGUAUACGAAGAAGAGAUAAUUAUGUCUGACAGUGCAAUAUGGUGGUCUCAGGAAGCCACACACAUUUUAUAUGCUCAGUUUAAUGACACUGCAGUGAGAAAGUACAUAUAUCCUUAUUAUGGAGAUCCAGCCAAUGCAUAUGGUGAAAUGAAAAGAAUAGCUUAUCCAAAGCCCGGAGCGACAAAUCCAACAUUCAAACUUAAAGUUCAUAACUUAGAGACAGGUCAAACCAGUGAUGUACAUGCACCUAAAGAGUUUUUAAAUGUGGACCAUUAUUUCACCACUGUAUCCUGGCGAGAUGAUACAUACUUUUUAGUGACAUGGGUCAACAGAGCACAAAAUAGAUCGUUAUUUACAGUGUGUACUGCCGUUAAUGGGCAGUGUAGUCUUAACUUUGAAGAAGAGGUACAAGGAGGCUGGAUAGAAAUGGAUAAACCACCAUUAUUUACAGCAAAUGGAAAAGAUUAUUUAACGUUAAUGCCAAAUAAAGAUGGGAAAGCCGGGUACUUUAAACAUGUCGCCAUGGUGGAGUUACCCGUGAGUAAUAUCGGCAAGCAGUUGUCUCGGAAUAUUGGGAUAAGAAGAUUUCUUACUCAUGGACAAUAUGAAGUGACAGAUAUAGUGGGUGUAAAUGAUGAGUUAAGGGAGGUGUAUUUCAUAGCAACUCCAGGAGACCCAAGAAAAAGGCAUUUGUAUAGUAUCUCUACAGACAGUCCAUCUUCAUCAUUCCAACCAACCAAAAAGUGUCUUUCAUGUGACAUUGAUGAAAAAUGUCAAUAUGUCAGAGCCUCUUUCAGUAAUAGUGGAAAAUAUUAUAUUCUUGGAUGCCUUGGUCCAGACAUUCCUUAUUUUAUACUAAAAUCAACAAUGUCUGAUAUAUCAAUUAUGUUAGAGGACAAUCAAGUAUUACGGAAAAAAUAUGAGAAAGUAGCCUUUCCAAAAAUUAAGUUUGUAGAUAUUGAGACAGAGGAUGGUGAGAAAAUACACGCCAAGAUGCUGGUGCCCCCUGUAUGGAAUAAAGAUGAAAUUAUUACAUACCCAUUGUUAUUAUCUGUGUAUGGAGGUCCAGGUUCUCAGUUAGUUACAGAGAAAUUUGAAAUCAAAUGGGCAUCGUAUUUAGCUAGUACUAAAAAUAUCAUAGUAGCUUACGUAGACGCUAGAGGGACAGGUGCAAGAGGAGAUCGAUUUUUACACAGAAUGUAUAAAAACCUUGGUUCCAUAGAAGUUAAAGAUACUAUAACUGCUGCUCAAUAUUUUGAUAGUUUGUCAUACGUUGAAUCAAGUAAACUGUCAAUUUGGGGAUGGUCAUAUGGUGGUUAUUUAACUGCAAAUGUACUGGGAAGACAACCAAAAGAAUUGUUCGAGUGUGGAAUAUCAGUGGCACCAGUAACAGAUUGGUUAUAUUAUGAUUCAGUGUAUACAGAAAGAUAUAUGAACACCCCAAGAGAAAAUCCAAAUGGAUACAGUACAAGCUCUGUACUACAGUAUGCCAGGAAUUUUAAGGAUGUUAUGUUCAUGUUGGUUCAUGGCACUGGAGAUGAUAAUGUACACUUCCAGAAUUCUGCUCAGUUAAUGAAAGCUUUACAAGAGGAAGAUGUUUACUUCACUCAACAGUUUUAUACAGAUCAGCAACAUGGCUUAAAUGGUGGACAUACGAAGGAGCAUUUAUAUAAAUCAAUGGGAGAUUUUCUAGAUGAAUGUUAUCAUGGUACAUCAGCAAAAUAUGAAGAGAGAAAGGAAGCAUUAGAACAAGAGAAACAAGAACCAAUGGAAGGAGAGAAAUGAUGAACAAAUUCUGUGAUAUUUAAAAACAUUUAGUCCAGUGUGAGUUUCCAAUAAUGUCCGAUCUUCUCCGGUAAUUAAAACAUUGUGGACGAAAAUAAAUCAAAAUAAACCCCUGGUGUAAUUGUUGUUUCGUUUAAUGACAAGUCUACAUAUAUAGUUAUGGAGGUGAAAUCUGGACUGUAAAAGGUUGAGAUAUCCUUGACCUUUGAUAACUAAUAAGUCUGCGAAACAUCACAAUUGGUAAUUGAAAUGCAUGUGAUAAUGACAUUAUAGAUAAAAGCCCGUAACCCAAGGUCGACAUUCAGCAAUGUAAAAAUACAAACAGGUCAGUGAUUAUAAAGCAAACACAUGUGCAAAUAAUCCAUAAGAAGGGUAGAUUUGGUGGAAUUCGUAAUAGGUCUAGAUAUUUUAUGAAAAACUAAAUUGUUUAUUUAUCUAUUUACCGAAUAGUGUUGAUUGUAAUGUACUGAGACCAACAGUCACACAUAUCAUGUUUGGCUGAUCACAUUUGGAAAAUGUGAAUAAAGUCAUGUUUUUUUCAAAAAUAUUUGAAUAUUAAUUUCUUAAAUGAAAUAUCUGUUGUUUGAAUGAUAGAUCGGUAUAGUAUGAUUAUCAUCAUACGGUACAAAGAAAAAUCUAAAAACUUUUCAACAUAAUGUAUAUACCAUUUAUCUUGCAUAUUCAUUUGAAUUCGACAUAAAUGUACACAUUGUACAAAUUCUUUUCAAACACUUAUAAAACAUAUUUGCUAUUUGAUAAUACUGUAGAUGAAAAUAUAGAGUGUACCUAUUACCUUUGCUCAAUAUUUAUAUGAAUGUUUAACAUAAAUGGAUAUUAGAAAAGUCGUAAAUGGAUGAAUGAUACAUACAUUAAUGUUUUAAUCUAUAUACUAGUAAUUUAAAAACUUGUAGUUUAUCAUUAUUCGAGUUUAUUAGAAUUACCUUAUUUCACAUGUACGUAUGGUAAAUUUUCAUGAUGUAUUCUGUUUUUUACCUUGUUUGUUAACACUGCCUUCAUUAAAUUAAAGGCAAAGGCUACACUUAGAUAUGAAAUUGUCUACAAUUAUAUGUGAUAGAUGGAUAUAUCAAAACCAAAUAUAUGUCACAUGCUAUGUAAUUGGGAAGAAUUGAACAAAUUCUCGUUUUCCCAGCUACACUUCCUUAAUUCAUUUGUAAAUAGUAUUUUAUCUUUUAUUUACUUGUACAGAAGAGAAGCCAAAAUUUGCAAAUGUCAUAAGGUAAUUUUGGAAUAUUUUGUAAUUUCAAAUAUUACAUUAUUUAUUUUUACGACUUGAUUCGUUACUUUAAUUGGUCUUUUUAAAAAAAGAAUUCUUAAAUUUUGUCAGUUAUCUAAACGUUUUUUCUGUUGGAACUUGCACAAAAAUUACCACAAAAAAACUUUUAUUGGCAUGUUUGCUGGUGAAUAUAAUACAUUUUAUCAGAUAAGCAUUAAUCUUUUUUAGAUAUGGAAUCGAUGAUAUUUAGUUUUUUUUUAUAUAAUUACCUUUUUAAUCAUUGUUAAGUUUUGUACUACUUAACCACCAAUCAAAUCCCUUGUACUAGUAAAUGUAACAUCAUUUUGUAAAUAGAUAUUCCUGAUCAUUGUUAAUAUUUUUAUUUUGAUGUUUUUCUCUUAAUGACAUCUGGCCCAAGAACACAGUUAUUUCGUAGUGCAUUUCUUUUAGACAAUAAACAUGAUAAAGGGAAAUUAAAAAAAUCCCAAAUUCGCUUUCUCAAUAAUAUUUUAACAGUGUAGUAUCAGCUCUAACUCAAAGUAUGGAUAAUUUUAUGUUAAGGGGUCUUGAAUUCUUUUGACAGCUUCAGACAUACUAAUUUUUAACCUUUUUCAGCUGGACCAAAUCACUAUUUUACUCUAAAAUUCAUGAAUAUUUUUACUUUGUAAUGUUUUCCCUCUUCUUGCUAUUUGAGGCAUAACACAUGAAGAAAAAAAUUUGGAAGGGUUCUAAAAAAAUGCAACUAAUACUCUGUCCACAGUAGGGACUAUAUUUGUAGACAACGAAAAUCAAAGUUGAUUACUGUGUUCCCAGACUUAUCUAUCAUUAUACAAUAAUUGCAUAAAAUACACUUCUCUCACUAAAAGGCCAUAUGCAGAAGCAACAUAAUUAUUAACUAACUUCAGGGUUAGACUAGUCAAGCAUACAUAUAAGCGAUUUGUAAUGCAUAACGGAAAUGUUUCACAUUUUAAAUAACCCCUAUUCUCUAGAAUAAACCUGAGCUAAAAAUAAGUACAAAGGAAAAUAGCUUGCAUCGCCAAAUUCAUUAAAUGUAUGUCUAAUAAGUAUAAUAUUUAAGUAAUGUAUGAAGUAUACUGUUUCGGCUGAUGCCGCUAAAAUGGAUUUAAUUCUCCUUCUAUUGCAGAUUAUUACAUCAAAUAUUUGUAUUGUGUAUUUUAAUGUUUGUUUUACAUGAAUCAACGUAUCUUACAUUCUAACAGAUGUGUUUAUUACUGAUUCAUGUACGGCAAUAAAACAAAAUGAAGCUCAAAUCAAUUGAUAAGAAAAUAUUAUCAAACUUAAUCUAUAUAAAUUGAUAGCCUCGUGAUUGUGUGUUGAAAUGUUAUUGUGACAGUGUUUGUCAUUUUUUUUUACAAUGGUCAUUAUCAAUUGAUGUGUCUUAUUUUAUUUUUUUUUAGCGUUGUUAAUCCUUGACAGAUUCAGCGUUCCCCCAACCUUUUUAAUCGGAAAAAAUAUAAUUGUGUGGUAAAGAAUCGUCCAAUAUAUAUUGUUUUUCACCAAUUACGCCCCACUUAAAAAAAAAAUCCUGGAUAUGCCCCUGUUUAUCACAGAAUCGUGUUUGAUAUAGAACUCAUGUCACAUAACUCUUAAUGGUGAACGUUGUUACGAAGCGAUAUUUUAUAGUUUUGGUUGAAUCUUAGACAAUUAUUUCAAUCUGUUCAAUAUUGGAUAACCAAUUUCAAUAUUGUAGAAUUAUUCUUACUCAAAUAUGUGAGUAUCCUUGUAAAUUGCCAAAAAUUUUGCAUUACAGUGUUAAGCUCAUCUAUCGUAGAAAAAGUUUUAAUAUUUAUUCUUUUGCUAUUGAAUUUUGGAAAUUUGAGUAAAGAUAUGAAUUAACAUGAAAGUAAUCUUCAAAAAUCAUGACACAUUAAGAAAAUGUUAUCACCUCUUGUUACAAAUUUUGCAACAUAUCACCUAAAAUAUUGUUUACAUUUUAAUCUUCAUUUGACUGUUUUUAAUGUUUCAAUAAUCAACCAUAAUUGUCCGAAAUACAAACAAUGCCUCUAACAUGUAUAAGGUAGAAUUAUAUAUGUGUCAUUAUCCAUUAACCACUAAAGUUAAAUUUCGCAAUCAGAUGUGAAGCAAUGUAUUGUUAACAUCUUCAAAUGACGACACAAUUUUGAGAAACGACGUAAAACUUCAUUGAGCAACGAUACAAAACAAAACAGCUAAAUUCAUCUAAAGUUAACAUUGUCCAUAUAUUUUAUACAACCACAGCAUUGCAUGUAGCAACACUGGAUAUUAAUGCAACUUACACGUUUUGUUUUGUUAUUACUAUUUAUAUAUGUUGUUUAAUCAGACAGGUUAAUAUUAAUCAACUGUGACUAAUGAUAUACACUUAACUUACAGGUGUAUACAUUUAAUUGUACAGGUGUAUACAUUUAAUUGUACAGGUGUAUUCUUUUAAUUGUACAGGUGUAUCUUUUAAGUAUACCUCAUUUGUUACAUUGUCAAAACAAUUAUUCAUAUAUGAUUUGUUUUUCAUCAGUUUUUAAUAUUAUAUAUAAAUCAACGAAAAUGUUGAAAUAAACUUUAAAAAAAGAGAAA